AUGGCUACGGCAAGUGAAACUAUGCAACACAUUGGAUCAGUAAGCAGUGGAUUGGAGGAUUCAACGGGACAUGAAGAAGAUAUUGGUAUGAUGUUUGAUGAGAAAGCAGCGGAUUGGAUUAUGAUUGCACAAGAAGCUCGAGAAGAUGCAAAGAAGUUGAAAUUGAGUGAAAGACAAGCGGAUGUCGUAUUGAAUCCGUUGAUGAAGAAAGUCGAACAACGAGUAGAGGAUUUGCGCGGGAUGGUCAAGGAAAAGUGGGCGCAAAUGCCAAAUCGGGAUGAAAUGAGAUGUUUGCGAUAUUUGAGAAGAGGAAAUAAGACCAAUGUGAAGAAAUUGGCACAAUUGAUGGAGAAAGGAACAGAAUUGGUUAUUUGGGAAAGAGAAAAUGGUGAGAAGCUUGAAAACAUUGAGAAAAAGGUCAAUGAAGAAAGACAAAAGUUUAUUUUGCAGGUUGA